AUGACAACUCCUCGACCUACACAUCUUCAUAGAAGAUCAUCGUCGAAAUGGGUCCCACCGUCUGCUCCGUUGCAUAAUCCAAUUUCUAUUUUUAAGGGAAGAAGUAAUCGAGAAACUGGAUCUCGAGUUAUUCGUCCAAACCAUUUAUUCGAGUCUCCCCGUUAUGAACUAACCAACUAUCGAGAUUUUACUGAUAAUCAAAUUUCUACAACCAAGUAUUCAAUUUGGAAUUUCAUCCCACUCAACAUUUGGCAUCAGAUCUCUACAAAAUAUGCAAACCUCUAUUUUAUAUUUAUUGCUGUUCUAAAUUGGGUUCCUUUCUUUGACGCCUACACUCGAUAUGUGGGUCUUAUUCCUAUAUGUUUCGUGCUAGGAACCACGUUGAUCAAAGACGGAAUCGAGGAUUAUCGAAGAUGGAAAUUUGAUAACCAGAUCAACAAAAAAACAUGUCAUGUAUGGGAUAGAGAGAGAUGUGCAUUCCGAAAAACUGAAUGGAGAUACAUUUUAGUUGGAGACUUUGUACAUAUAUCCAACGAUCAAGAUGUUCCAGCUGAUAUAAUACUGUUGAGGUCCUCGAAUGAAAGCGGAACUUGUUAUAUCGAAACUUGUAAUUUAGACGGAGAAACAUCUUUGAAACAGAGAAUGGUACCAGCCAAAGUUGUUGGUUAUUCAAAGAAGGAUUCAACUUUCAAACCAUCAGAUUUUACUGGCGUUGUCACUUGUGAAAAACCGGAUAAGAGCAUUUACACAAUUCGAGCAAAAGUUGAAUAUGAACCAGGUCAAACAGAUGUUAUCAUAAAAGAUAACAUGCUUCUUCGUGGGUCACGAAUAAAGAAUACCACUUUUGUGGAAGGAAUUGUGGUUUAUGCAGGACACGAUACGAAAGUGAUGUUGAACAAUGGAAGAGCUCCACAUAAAACUUCAGGAAUUGAAAAACUAACAAACAAAUUCAUUAUUGCUUGUUUCGUGAUGCUUCUGAUCAUGGUAAUCUAUGGAGCAUCAGCUUCUGCGGUUUGGGUUGGAGAUCACCCAACAAAUGAACAGAUUCCAUUCAUCCUGUCCAAUACACCGACACCAUUCAUUGAAGGUUUUAUUGGGAUUGGGGCAUUCUUCAUCAAUUAUCAACUGCUAGUGCCAAUCUCACUUUACAUUACUGUUGAGAUUAUCAAGGCACUUCAAAUUUACUUUAUCAGUAAUGACAUUCAGUUGUAUGAUUCAAAAUCAGUGAGUCAUGGAACAAGAGUAGGGACUUCUGAACUAUUAGAAUUUCAGGAUAGAGCAAUCGAUUGUCGUUCAUUGAGUAUUCCAGAAGAACUUGGAACAGUUACACAUGUGUUAUCAGAUAAAACAGGAACACUAACAGAAAAUAUGAUGAUAUUCCGAAAUUGUGCAUUUGAUGAGACGGAUUACGGUACUCAAGGUUCGAAGUCGAACCCGGAUCAACCAGUUAAAUGUGAAGAGCUGUACCAAAGAAUCAAUAAUUCUAUGCAUAACCCUGUCCAGAAACAUUUCUUUGCAAAUAUUCUUCUGAAUAAUUCAGUGGUAGUCAAUACAAUUCCACAUACAGAUCUAUUGGAAUUGGGGAAUUUCGAAGGAGGAGUUUAUAACAUUGGCAAUUCAUGUUUCUAUGAUGUAACAGAAGAAAAGUACAAAGCAAUGUUAGCUGCUGUUGGCAAAGAGCCAACUGAAUCGGAUGAUGUAUCAAGACCAGAUAUGUUGGGACUGCCCACAACAAUCACAUUCGAUGAUCGUCUUACUGUAAUUGUAGAAGAAGACACACCUUCUGAAUCUCCAAUUCCUGAAGCGUCUCCUUCUCUUCGAGACUCUCCAGAAACUGCUACACCAACUUCUCCGAUUUACCGACCACUAUCCUCACUCUCUUCUUUUUCGAGAAAACUGUCUACAGUAGUACGAAGGAGUAUUUUGAGGCCUAUUUCUAACAUAAUCCCAGUUAGAAAACAAUUAAUCUCUUUCAAACAACAAGCUUUGAACCCGUAUGAAGCUGAAAGUCCAGAUGAAUUGGCUCUCAUUGAAGGCAUUGCCUUAUACAACUAUGUUCUUCUGGAGAGAGCAGCAACGAGUGUAACCAUAUCGACGCCUGAAAAAGCAGAAAAAAGAUAUGAACUUCUUUUGACUCUUCCAUUUGAUGCAACCAGAAAGCGAAUGUCAGUUAUAGUUAAUUCUCCAAAAGGUCCACUUUUGUACUGCAAGGGAGCAGAUUCAGCGGUGAUGUCCAGACUCACUUCUGAAAGUUUGACAGACCCAAAAAUUCAAACUAUAAAAUCUCAUUUGGAUGAUUAUGCAAAAAAAGGAUUGAGGACACUCUGUUUUGCAAUGAAAUAUAUUCCACAGGAAGAGUUUGAUGACUUCUUGCAUUCAUAUAAAUUUCUAAUGGAGGAUUCGUCUACGGAACGGGAAAAGAUGUUGUCUGAAAAAGCAGAUGAACUUGAGAAGAAUCUGAAAUUAUCCGGGGUGACUGGAAUUGAAGAUAGACUUCAAGACGGCGUUCCCGAUACUCUUUGUGCUCUUAGAGAGGCUGGAAUUCAAGUUUGGGUUCUUACUGGAGACAAAUUAGAAACUGCACAGAACAUUGCCACCUCUAGUGGGUUGUUUCAUCCGCAAAGACCAUUAAAAGUGAUAGAGAAUGAAGCAGAUGCAGAAGAGGCUAGCGAAUCAGCUGGAUUAAAUAUUAUUAUGUCUCCAGCAGCAAUUCGACUGGCACAAGAAGGGAACUCUCAUCUGAUUGAGGCUCUUAGAAAAGCAAAAACAGUACUGUGCUACCGUAUGACACCAUCUGAGAAAGCAACAAUGGUGAAUACAGUAAAAAAGAAAAUCAAGGGAAAUGUUCUGGCGAUUGGUGACGGAGCAAACGAUGUUCCAAUGAUUCAGGCGGCACAUGUUGGCAUUGGAAUUGCUGGAAAAGAAGGACUUCAGGCAGCAAUGGCAUGUGAUUUUGCAAUUGCAAGAUUCAAAUUUCUGUCUAGACUGUUAUUGGUUCAUGGACACUGGAGCUACUACAGACUUGCAAACACAUUUUUAUAUUUUUUGUAUAAAAAUGCGAACGCCGUAUUUAUCAUUUUCUACUAUCAAUUCUUCUGUGGAGCAUCUGGAACUAACAUCGUUGAUCCGAUCUGGGGUGUCAUUUAUCCUAUCAUUUUCACCAGUGCUCAACCGGUUGUAGUUGGAGUUCUAGACCAAGAUUUCGAUGACAAAACGUUGAUGAGCAAGCCAGAGAAGUAUGUCAUUGGAAGAGAAAAUCAAUUGUACAGGUGGAAACAUUUUUUCAUUGAUGUGGUUGAUGGAAUCUAUCAGGCUGCAGUAAUUUAUUAUGUAACCCAUCUGGUAUGCUAUAUAAUUCAAACUCUAUUCGCAUCAGAUGCCAGUCUUUGGGAAAUGGGAUUCUACAUUGCCACGAGUUCAAUUCUUGUCAAUUCGGGACAUUUGGCUCUUCAGGUCAGAUACUGGCACUGGAGACUCGUAGCCUUGUUCUGCUUCUUCAUUUUCUUCCAAUUCGGAUAUUUCUUCACUGAGUGCCUGACGGUUGGUGCCAAUAUGAUUCCGGACCCUCCGGUUUGGAUGCCAAUUCAUGCAAUGAAAGAUUCUAGAUUCUGGUAUUCACAGGUUAUUACUGUCAUUGUCGCAUUGUGUCCAAGAUUCACAUCCAUGUGCCUUCUGAAUUCCUUGAAACCGGGUCAGAAAAAGAAUUAG